AAGCCUAUUUAUUGCCCUGUGCUGUGAUUGCUGGCGGCUGGCAGUAGAAUACAACCGCGUCGUCGUUGUUUUACAUUAAUUAAACAAAAACUAUGGGCCGACGAAAAUCGAAAAGAAAGCCGCCACCGAAGCGAAAGGCUAUUGAAGCACUAGAUCAGCAGUUCAACUGUCCCUUCUGUAACCAUGAAAAAUCGUGUGAAGUCAAAAUGGACCGAGCAAGAAACACAGCAAGAAUACAAUGUAGAGUAUGCUUAGAAGAGUUUCAAACAACAACAAAUGUGUUAUCAGAACCUAUAGAUGUCUACAAUGACUGGGUGGACGCCUGUGAGAAUGCUAAUUGAUGUUGGCUAACUUAGUUUAGGUACUUAAUUUAUAAGUUGACUAAUCUCUUUAUGUGUGAUAGGUUUAUGAUUGAAUAAAUAAGAAUGAACACGAAAAAAAAUUGAAUACUGUGUUUAAUCUUCUUUAUUUUUACUG